GAUUCAGAGCCGAGGCCUGAGCGAAGGACGUCUUCUGACGUAGAAUACAAUCGAAUCAAUUCAUAUUUCGAAUGUUUUUAAGAAGCUUAUGACUUUAAAUAUCUCUGGUGUAGAACAUGAAACCGUUGAGAGCACGGUCGCAGGCUUGUCUGGUAUUUUUGGAAAGAUUUGAAUCUGCUCGUCCAUGAUCCUGCUCGUGUUCAAAGUCAAACUCUCACACAUCGAGUUCAGUUCGGAGCUCGAGUGCUGGAGACAACUUCGCUUCAACGGCAAAGAUCCGAGCUGCACGAGGUCUGAAAGAGUCAUCUGGAUCAGUGUCAACGAAAGAUCGACCUCCACAUGACGGCGGGUUCACAGGCCGGUUACUUGUGCUGACAAUGACGCUGCCUCUCCGCCGUGCAGGAAUGGCCUCCAGCGGGAACCUGUCUGAGGAGCAGGUGCACUGCUCCAUCUGCCUCGACGUCUUCACCAACCCCGUCUCCAUCGCCUGUGGACACAACUUCUGCCAGAACUGCAUCCUGGGAUACUGGAGAACCAGCCCUCUGUUCCAGUGUCCCAUGUGCAAGAAGUCCUUCCACAAGAGGCCCGACAUCAGCGUCAACACGGUGCUGAGGGAAAUCGCGGAGCAGUUCAAGGAGAUCAGGGUUCGAGGUGUGGACGCGGGGACUGACAGGAAGUGGACGAUGGAGAGGAGGAAACGUGAGGACGAAGAGCGGCUUCUGGAGGAGGAUAAGAAGCAGCAGCUGGUGGAGGAGGAGCUGGAGUUGCCUCCGUUAAUCCCCCCAGUGUCAGGACCCAAACCCUCUCCUCCACCCUCACCCCCGGGUCCACCGCCUCCACUGCCCGAAACAUCUCCCCCACCCUCACCUCUGCUCCCUGCUCCUCCAGCUCCUCCUGCCCCCUCCUCACUCCCACACCCGUCCUGGGAGGAGGUGCUGUGCGACGUUUGUCUCGGCGACGGUCGGCCCGCGGCGGUCAAGUCCUGCCUGGUGUGUCUGACCUCGUACUGCGAGGAGCAUCUCAAGUCUCACUCCGCCCGGUUCACCAAGCACAAGCUGAUGGACCCCGUCGCCAACAUGGAGGACAGGAUGUGUCCGAAGCACCAGAGGCUGCUGGAGCUGUUCUGCAAGAAGGAGCAGACGUGUGUGUGCGUCCUCUGCACGGAGACGGACCACCGGGCGCACUACACCGUCCCCGUGGAGCGGGAGUGGACGGAGAAGAAGGCUCAGCUGAAGAAGACGGAGAUGGACGUCCAGCAGAUGAUCCAGGACCGAGUCAGGAAGGUGGAGGAGAUCCAACACUGCGUGGAGCUCAACAAAGCCAGCGCUCGGCGGGAGCAGGAGGAGAGCGAGCAGGUCUUUUCCGAGCUGCUGCGCUGCAUCCGGACGACUCAGGCCGAGCUGGUCCGGGACAUGGAGGAGCAGCAGCGGCAGACGGAGAGUCGGGCCGGACGCCUGAUCGCCGAGCUGGAGCAGGAAAUCUCAGAGCUGCAGAGGAGGAACACGGAUCUGGAGAACGUGGCUCGGGCCGACCACAUUCACUUCUUAAAGAGUUUCCCAGCUCUGAGCUCAGCUCCGUCCGUUAAGGACUGGUCUGAGACCAGUGUUCCCACCGACAUGUGUGUCGGUAUGAUCCGGAGGUCCGUGUCCAAACUGGAGCCGAUGUUGAAUGAAAUGAUUGAGAAACUGUCCGAGAGCGAGAUCAGGAAGGUCCUGAAAUACACAGCGGACGUCACUCUGGACCCGGACUCGGCCAACCCGUGGCUGCAGCUCUCUCAGGACAGACACCAGGUGAGACACUUGGGCGCGUGGCAGGACCUCCCGGACCAUCCCGAUCGCUUCGACACGGUGGUCAUCGUCCUGGGCCGCGAGGGCUUCACCUCGGGGAGACAUUACUGGGAGGUCCAGGUGGGGGACAAGGACGACUGGUACCUGGGAGUCGCCAGGUCGUCUGUGAACAGGAAGGGCCGGAUCUCUGUGAGCACCACCCAGGGCUACUGGGCUCUGGCCAUGAAGAAAGGUCAGGGGUACCGCGCGUCCACGUCCCCGCCGCUGCCGCUGCCCCUGCACCCCAGGCCCGGGCGAGUGGGCGUCUACGUGGACUGCGAGGAGGGCCAGGUGUCGUUCUAUGACGUGAAAGCUCGGACUCACAUCUACACGUUCAGAGACACGUUCAGGGAGAAGAUUCAGCCGUUCUUCUACCUGUAUUGCUGCGACAAGGCCUCCGACACCAUCGCCAUCUGUCCUGCCAACGAGAAAACUCUGAUCAAGCAAAACUAACUAAACACUGAACAGCUUCAAGUAUAUUUAUGAUGUAUAAUGUAGGAAUACGAAUGUGGUCAAAGAGACGGUUCCACGGAUUAGAAAAUAUAGGAGAUUGCUUGUCGGGAGUUGAUUAAGAUUAAUAAGCACUUUCUUGUGAAGCACUUUGGUGCGGCUCAGCCGUCUGUUAAUGACUAUAGAAAUAACAUUGACUUGACUUGACUGUCAUGUCAGUCUGUCGGAUAUGAAGCUCCAGGCAGCAGGUGCUCUGCUUAGCUCAGCUUAGCUUAGCAUAGUGCAAAGACUGAGACAGUCCCUCCCUCGUUUCCAGUCAUAAUGCUAAGCUAAGCUAAUUGGCCGCUGGCUCCAACUAUAUUCAUUAUAGAUGAUAUUUAAUAGACAUAUAUAGUGUGGUGUCGAUGUCCGUUCAGACUGUGUUGUCCUCUCAGCACAAUGUCCUUCACUGACGGGUCAAAGGUCACAGUUUAUCUCAUCUCGUGCUGUUUGUAUCGUGACUGAAAUAAAUGCUCUUGUUGCCUUUUCACCUGCUGUGUAAUCAGGUGUAUAAGAUGUAUAUGCUCUUCGCAUACAUAUAUAUAUGUACAUGUACAAGAGCUUCUCUGGAAUAUUUCCGUACCGAAACACUUCACUGUAGUUAAUAAAAAUUUUU